AUGGACGAAAAGGCGUUGGCAGAAUUUAUAGAAAAUGAAUCAUUGGAUGACGAGGUGUUGUUCUUAAAGCCGGAAGUGGAGAUCGACGAAAAUCCGGAAGAUUCCACUAUAGAACAACAUCACGAAGAUGAUAUGAAUUCCAACGAAAACGAGGAAUCGUGGGAAGAUGUGACGUACAAUGACGAUGAGAAGUUGAACGAGGAGCAUAUAUGCUGGAGAACGAAAUCGGAGUUCGAGCCGUGCUGUAUUUCAGUGCACCCAAGGUUCCCAGAGGUCGCACACGUGGCGAUUGGGAAUUGCGGAGACUCGUGUACAGUCUACGACUUCGAUUCGAGCAACCAAGAUAUUGAAAACGGAGAGCUGUUGGUAAUGGGACCGUUCGAAGAAACAGUGUCAUGCUGCGCCUUCUCAAGCUGCGGAAAGUACCUGGCGCUGGGAUGCUUGGAUGGAAACUUGUUGAUAUAUUCGAAGCAGAGUGAUUAUCGUAGCAUUCACACUGGAGGUGAUGGCAGCAGUAGCAGUAAUGUGGAAAAGGACGCGUACGUAAAACAUAAAAGGAUUGAGAAGAUGUUGACGUCAAUAGAAUGGCUGGAUUUCAGCGAAGAUACAAAUUUACUAGUGGCAAGCGGAGAAGGAGGACUGCUGGUGGUGUACCAGCUGAGAGAAGACGAACUGCAAAUAGUAAACAUAAAUCACAAUUCAAACGUAGGACAAAUAAUAACAUAUAGCUCUAGUGGGAGCGUAGGAGGAAACAUGACCGAAGAAGAAGCAAAUAGCACCAAAGAAAAGGAAUAUAACAUAGUGUGCGGAUGCAACGAGAGUAACGUAGUGAUAGUAACACUUAACGGAUACUAUAAGCAGACGUCAAUAAGUAAAAUCAGUACGAAUGCGGCAACGAGUGGAAGUAAAUCAGUGAAUAUCGAGGAAGAAAAGGAGGAAGGCGCUCAGGAAAACAUAAUAAGCCUAAGCACACACAACAGACUAAAGCUGUGCGCACUGGGAACAACAACAGGGAACGUAGUGUUUAUAAACGUAAAUAAGAAGAGCGUAGCACGGCAAUAUGAAAAUAUGCACAGCAGCUCAGUGGAGUCGGUAAUAUUCACGAUUAACAUCAACAAUGAGCUGGCAAUAAGCACAGGGCUCGACGGACAGAUAGUGUUCUACGACGUGUUGAACAACUGCAACAAGAUCAACGUAGUCACCGUCGGAUACGGGUUGACGAAGAUAGUGGCGCACCCACUCAAAAGUGUGUUCGUGGCCUCCUCAGUCGCCGGGAAGAUACUGGUGCUCACGCCGCAGAAGGUGCUGAGGGAAGUCAAGUGCCACACGCGUCCAAUACUGGACCUGCAGCUGUUGAACGUGACGGGAGACUACUACGCAAUAACAGUGUCCGAAGACAGGAACAUAGUGAUGUAA